GACGAAAACAUCGAACUGGGGCAGCGUGACGUCAGAAGGUUUAGCAACUGGCACGCCGCGCGGAAGCAGCGCGUGUUUCUAUAUUCACCUUAAUUGAUAAGUCUUUAAAAGCAGGUAUAGAACAUGGCCUCAGAUGACAUCGCUCAGCUGGCUGAUGCUCUCUCAAAAACUCACGUUGGUGAUGGAGAGUUGAGCUUUAAAGGUCUGGGACUGAAGCUCGACGACUCAGAGUCAGUGGCGGAGCUGCUCGGUAAGAUAGAGCAGUACCCGGGUCUGAGAGCCCUGCGCCUGGAGGGCAACACUGUGGGAGUGGAAGCUGCCAAAGCCAUUGCGAAAGCUCUUGAAAGCAAAGACCAGCUUCAGAGAUGCUACUGGAGUGACAUGUUCACAGGAAGGCUCCGCUCUGAAAUCCCCACCGCUCUGAUGUGUUUGAGUGGUGCACUGAUGAGCGCUGGUGCCCGGCUGACUGAGCUGGACCUGAGCGAUAACGCCUUCGGGCCUGAUGGCGUCAAAGGCAUCGAGCAGCUGCUGAAGAGUCCUUCCUGCCACACGCUGAGGGAACUGAGACUCAACAACUGUGGCAUGGGAAUAGGAGGGGGGAAGAUCCUGGCUGAAGCUCUUAUUGAGUGCCACAAGAAAUCAACAGCCGUCGGAUCCGCUUUGAGGCUGAAAGUGUUUGUUGCGGGGAGAAACCGUCUGGAGAACGAUGGGGCGAGUGCCCUGGCCAAGGCCUUCCAGCUGAUGGGCAGCCUGGAGGAGAUCCACAUGCCUCAGAAUGGAAUAAACUACGCCGGUGUGAUGGCGUUGGCUUCAGCCAUCCGUCACAACCCCGAGCUCCGAGUCCUCAACUUCAACGACAACACCUUCACCAAGAGGGGAACGCUGGCCAUGGCCCAAGCUCUGAGGCACCUCAGGAACAUCCAGGUGAUCAACUUCGGCGACUGUCUGGUCCGGUCCGAAGGAGCCAUCGCUCUCGCUGCAGUUUUGACAGAAGGACUGCCGGUCCUGAAGGAACUCAACUUGUCAUUCGGCGAGAUCACAGCGGGGGCAGCUCUCGUGGUCGCUCAGGCUGUCAUGGACAAACCUCAUAUGGAGAAAGUCAAUCUGAACGGUAACUGUCUGGGUGAGGACGGCUGUGAUGUCCUGAGAGAAGUUCUGGACAAUGUGCACAAAGGAGAGAUGCUGGCCUCACUCAGUGAGGAUGAGGGUGAGCCAGACGAUGAGGAAGAUGAAGACAGCGAUGCCGGCGAUAGUGAUGGGAGUGAUGAAUGUUAUGAGACUGGCGAGUGUGAAGAAAUUGUGAAAGAAAACGGAGGAGAAAGCCCAGAAAAAUCUGAGAGCCAAGCAGAAAUCCUGUCAUUCCUCAGUAACCCCUCAGCAGAAAAGUUGUCUCAUAUGAAGAUGAACCUUCAGCAAGAGGUUAAUGUGUCUGAACCAAACAAAGCUGCAGAGCUCUUUCUGAAGAUUGGCUCCCUGCACAGCCAGGACACUGUGGCUAACGCAGUUGUUUUUGAAGUCAUUGAUGGUGUUUUGAAGAAGGUUCUCUCUGCUUCGGCCCUCCAGUCACACUGCUUCCUCACCACCCUGCUGGUCAUGAUCGGAGUCCUGAAGGGAGAGGGCAAAGUGAAGAAGGUGCCACUGGACCAAGGUCAGCUGCUGUGUUUGGAACAUGCUGUCCAGCAAGAGUAUUUCACUCAGGACCACGCCUCUGUGUUGCACACUCUGCUGUCCAGAAAUGGUGAUGCUCUGAAGUUCUGCAGCAGCGCCAGAGACAGGCUGAGCUCUGCUCUGGAGAAGAAAAGCCACAAGUACCACUGACUGAUUAAAGCCAGUACCAACACUGGGACAUAAACACACACUGUUCUUUAUUUAUCUGGAUAUGUAACCAACAGGGAUACUUCCCACUUGAACAAAGGGAUAAGUAAUGCCACUAUUUAUGCCUCCUGAUUUGUAUAUUUUACAAGAUGCAAUGUCUUAAUCUCUAUUUUUCUACUUUUUGCUUGUGACAUAUAUAUAUAUUUUUUAUAAUUAAAAUGUCCAAAUACUAAAAACACAAACCACGCAUAGGUAGUUGAAGUAGACGAUAUGAUGUGAAGUAGGCAAGCAAAUGCUAGAAAGACGAUAAAUUAACUGCAAGGUGGCAGACAUGUUUUAUUGAUGUAAAAAAAAAAAAAAAACUCACAAAGUGUGAAUCAGGGAUGUCAAGAAAACCUCAAUUUGUCAAAAUCAGGUUGCAUUGUUUUGCUUAAAUGUACACCGCUCUGCAAAAGUAUUCACAUCUCUUCGCAAUCAAACCACAGCGUAUUUUAUGGACCAAUAUAAGGUGGCGCAUAAAUCGUGACGCCAAAGGAAAACGGCACAUUGUCAAAAUGUUCUUGGUGCCCUCAGAUAAAGUAUCUCAAAGGGUAUAAAUGCUUUUGCCAAUAAGUUUUGUCAAGAUUAGAGAAAGCCUAAUUUGUUGGCCGAUAUUUGUCAUUUAUUUGGGAGCUGGCAUUGACGGUGCAAUUGGCCAAUAAUCAACGAAGCAGCUCAUUUUUAUCAUAUCUAUUUUUGUCGUCGUAAUUGCGACGACAAAAAAACAUCUCCACCACCAGAUCUAUAGAGGCAAAGAAUAAGAAAGCUACUUUAUGUCCAAAGAAAAUAACACUUUUCUGACUGUAAAUUAAAAACAAAAAAUGUAAACAUUAUUUCAUAUCUGCCAUGUAAAACAGCAUAUCAGUCCUUAUAAUCCAGUCGACAUUCUGCUGCUUCAAACGUCCAGCUGAAUCAGAAUCUGAAUCUGUUCAUUAAACAUAUAGGUCAUGUGACCAGCAUGAAUGUGCAAUGUUGUCCUUCCAAAAACACCAUAUCACAUCUCCUUAUCACUUACCGCUGCAUAUGUUUGAUCAUCCUGUCUUACCUCAUAGAUGUAUCUGCCUGUUGAUUAGAUGGAUCUCUGCUGUGAAAAGGGAAGAGAAUAUAAUGUUAUAUAUAAUUUUGUACAACAAGAAGCUGUAGAAAUGGAAAAAAAACUUUUCUGUCUAGAUAGUUUUGUUUACCUAGUGUUCAUUUAUAUUGAAUAUAAUAAAUACAUGGAGCAUUUGAACAAA